ACGAACUGCUGUUUCUCUGUUUGGACAGCUAGCUCACUCUGCUAAUCGCCUUCACAGAAACAUCUUUCUGAAAUGAGUUUACAGGUGAUGGAGAUUUAAAGAAAGAAAAGUGUGGAUUUAAGUUGUAACUCUGUUCUGCUUUUUCAGACUGAGUAGCUUUAUGAAGAUAUGCAGACAGACACUUGUAUGACUUCAGGUGGAGGGACAUCAGAUUCUGUACAACACAUCAGUUCUGAGGACCAACAGAAUGGAGAAUUCCAAAAGAAACCUGUUAAAGAGGAAAAACCUGAAGAUGAUGAGCAUUUCUAUGGAGGGACAUCAAGCUUUGUGGGACACCUCACCCCUGUGAACCAACAGAAUGAAGGAUUUCAGGAAAAGCAUCUAAAAGAGGAAGAACCUGAAGAUGAUGACUACCUCUACUGUGAGGAUUGCAGCUCAUUUUUCAUCAACAAGUGUGAGGUCCAUGGACUGGCUGUCUUCAUCUCUGAUACCCCUGUUCCUUUGGGGGUUCCAGACCGAGCCAGACAAACCCUUCCACUUGGUCUGGAACUGCAGAAAUCUGAUAUUCAUGGGGCAGGCCUUGGAGUGUUUAAUAAGGGAGAAACUGUUCCAGUAGGUUUCCACUUUGGCCCCUAUCAAGGAGAGUUGGUAGAUAGAGAGGAAGCCAUGAACAGUGGCUACUCUUGGGUGAUCUGCAAACGUGGGCUAUGUGAGGAAUACAUCGAUGCCAAGAGAGAGAGAUUUGCAAACUGGAUGAGAUAUGUGAAUUGUGCUUGUAAUGAUGAUGAAGAGCAGAAUCUUGUGGCAUUCCAGUAUCGAGGGGAGAUUUUUUACCGUUGCUGUCAACCUAUCAAACCAGGACAGGAGCUCUUGGUGUGGUAUGAAGAGAAGUAUGCUAAAGAUCUCAGCAUCACUUUUGAAUACCUCUGGAACAAAAAGUGCUCAACUAAUGACCCAAUGAUGGAAGCUAUGCCCUGCUCCUUUAGUCCACGGUCCUAUACAAACCCAAAACCUGAUAUUCACUGUGAAAACGUGAUGUCUACAAGAAGCAUCUGUAAUCAGCCAGAGUUCCCUGAGACUCUUCAAAUGAACACUACUCCUGGGCAAAUGCAGAAAGGAACUGAUCACUCCUCAAAUUCUGAGGAACCUUUUACUCAACAAGGUCACCUUGACCUGCCCUGGUGCAGUCACCCAAGACACAAGCCUUUUUCCUGCUUGCAUUGUGGAAAGAAUUUUACUCGAAAGGAUAAUCUCCAAGUGCAUAUGCGUUUUCACACGGGAGAGGUGUUCUGCUGCUCACAGUGUGGAAAGAGUUUUAUCCGAGAGUCUCAUCUUCAACUACAUGAGCGUAUUCACACAGGCGAGAGGCCAUAUCAGUGCUCACAGUGUGGGAAGAGUUUUAAUCAGAUGAGCGCAUUUAAAAGACACCAGCGCACUCACACAGGAGAGAAGCCGUAUCCGUGCUCAUGCUGUGGGAAGAGUUUUAGUCAGCUGUUCAAUCUCCAAACACACCAGCGCAUUCAUACGGGAGAGAAGCCAUUUCAGUGCACAGAGUGUGGGAGGAGUUUUAGUCUCCUCAAUACUCUCCAGUUACACCAGCGAAUUCACACAGGAGAGAAACCGUAUUACUGCUCAGACUGUGGGAGGAGUUUUAAUCAAGUCAGCGCUCUUAAACGACACCAUCGCAUUCAUAGAAAAGCCAUAUCACUGCAGUCAGUGUGGGAAGAGUUUUAGUGAUGGAGGUAAAUUCAAGGCACAUCAAGACCUUCAGACAGGUGAGAAGCCUUAUGAUGGCUGGAAGUGUUUUGUUUUGCCAACACACCAGUAAAGCCAGAUGAAGGCGCAUGGUAGAACCAGAUAGAUGCUGGCCACUUGUGCUUGUAUUACUGAUGAAUGUACCAGGCAUGAACCAGGAGUGAUGCAAAUCGGGGAAGCACUGUUAUCUGCGUAUAUUCUGUUGAUCUGGCUUUCUGUUUGAUUUUCAAUCCUCCCUCAUAAGUAACUGCAUCAAAAUACUUUUCCAAAAUCAGGUUGACCACACACAGUGUCUGCCAUGUCAUGCUAUAAACUAAAGAAGCUAGUUGGACCGAUAAAUAAACCAAAAAAAAAAUUCAAAAUGAAUGAAUAAUUUAUUUUUUUUAAACACAGGAUUUACAAAUCAUGAAUAUAAACACCUCAGGGGUGGCCACCACUGUAACUCUGAGAACUGAAAGUAUACUGUUCACUCACUGGAACUACUACGUUUAUGUUUGACCUGCUGUCAGAGAUUUUAUCCAUUAUUGGCAGUUACUUACAAGGUUAAAUAUGAAUGAGUGUUUGACAACAUGGAAAGGAUCCCUUUUGUAAACAUCAGAAAACAGUCCCUGUGCAAUUGACUACAGGAACUGAUGGGAAAACAAUGACCUCCAGUUAUAGCGUUCUAACUUAAUAAUGGACUGAUUUCAAUCAUAUUUGGAUGUAAACAGAUGGGGAAAAUAUGGCACAGGUUAAAAAAAAAAUCCUGGGGCAUUCCUUUAAAGUGCAGUAGCGCCAUCUACUGGAUUGGAGUGGGGUCUAGGAAAUGUGCUGUUCCAUGUACUGAAUUUCUUAUAAAAUAAUACAGUAGUUUAAAUAAUAAAGCAGUUUCAAUUAUUCAAAUAUUUUGGGAACUGUGUUUAUCCCAGAUCUGUAUGUAAGCCCCUUCAUGCAUUAGAUUUCAGUGUGUUUAUUAAAUCUGUGUGUUAUUUGUUUCACAAUGUAGUAGUACUACUGUCUCCUGAUGAUCACAGUGUGGGCAGAACCCUGUAGCCUACUAUGUUUCUUCCUGGCUGUUCCUCUGGUAAUGACAUGCCAUGUUAUACAUUAAUGGCAUUUAGCAGAUGCGCUUAUACAGAGCGACUUACAACAUACCCAGAGCGACCUGGGGAGCAGUUAGGGGUUCAGUGCCCUGCUUAAGGGCACUUUUUAGCCAUUCCUGCUGGUCUAGGGAAUCAAACCGGCAACUUUUUGGGCCCAAAACUGCUUCUCUAAUAAUUAAGCCAUGAUGUCCCCCAGACAACAGAUUUUUGCCUUCUACCACAGGUUUGUACAGCAACCAAAGGCACACCUUUUGGGCUAAGAGCAGUUUGAAAUGUGUAAGUUUAUCAUGGGGAUGUAUGUAUAAAAAGUGUUGUAAUUUCUACAGGGUAAAAAUAAAAUGGAUUUGGAGGAAAAAA